UGUCUUCAGAUGGCUGUACUCAUACUGUAUUUCCAUCGGCACUGUGGUGGCAUGUGUCAGUCUGGGCACGACGGUGACCACUGGUCUAUGAGAAGCUGUGCUUUUGUGCCAUAGCUGUGCUUCUUUCAUUAACUUAACAGAUCACUGAGUCUGACCUGCACCUCUCUGCCAUUGACACACACACUUUCCUGCCUGCCAACUGGCUGUCACUGUGGUGUCAGCUUGCUCUGGCCAUGCGUGUGUGUGUGUAUAUGUGUGGUCAGGUUUAGUCGGGCUUCUCUAGAGAGUGUCUAGUUUGGACUCAGAUGGCCAGUGUGGUUGGGAAAUGGUGCUCCAUAAGGCCAUAGCUGCUGCUCGUGUUGGAGAUCUAGAUACUAUAAAGCAUCUGUUCAAAGCUGGGGAUUUGACAGCAGCCAUCAUCGAUGCCCAGGGGGCAGGACCAGUUCACCAUGCGGCGCGUUGUGGCCAGCUCCACUGCCUGUGCUUCCUGGUGGCUGAAGCAGGGCUGCUGGCUAACGGAAGGGCUCUGAACGGCGCUACGCCUGUCCAUGAUGCAGCUGCUACAGGCCACACACGAGAGCUGCAGUGGCUGGUGCAGAAUGCAGGAUGCAGUGUGCAGGAGCAGGAUGAAUCAGGGACCACUGCACUCCAUCUUGCUGCACGGUUUGGGAGGGUGGAGGUUGUUGGUUGGUUGCUGGCCUCUGGGGGCAGAGCUGAGGAGGAAACUGACUGUGGCGCCAUUCCCGCUCACUAUGCUGCUGCCAGGGGUGAACUUACCUGUCUGAAACUUUUGAUAGGCCAAGCUCCAGGAUGUGCAAACCAUCAGACUUUCAUGGGAGCCACGCCGUUGUACCUGGCCUGUCAGGAGGGCCACCUACAUGUGGUGGAGUAUCUAGUGAAGGACUGUGGAGCUGAUGUGCACCUCAGAGCCCAGGAUGGCAUGACACCUCUGCAUGCAGCUGCUCACAUGGGUCACCAUUCUCUUGUUGUCUGGCUGGCCUCAUUCACCGAUAUCAGCCUGUCAAGUCAGGAUAAGGAGGGGGCCACUGCUUUACAUUUUGCUGCCAGUAGGGGGCAUUGUCGCAUUGUGGAGAGGCUGAUGCGCACGGGGUCAAAGGUCAUCAAAGACGACUGGGGUGGCACUCCUUUACAUGAUGCAGCAGAGAAUGGGGAAAUGGAGUGCUGCAGGAUACUUCUGAGCCAUGGUGUCAGCCCUUCAGAGAGAGAUGUGGAUGGCUUCACUGCAGCAGAUCUGGCGGAAUAUAAUGGCCACUAUGAUUGUGCCAGAUACCUGCGCUCUGUGGAAAGAGACCCCCGUGGUGCUGUUCAGCUUCUGAAGCAGAGUGAUUCUUUGGAAGAGGAGCAGAGGGAGAGACCAGUGGUGUCACGGAAGCCCAGCUCAGGAGAUUACUACAGACAUAUCAGUGAAACCCAACAAGAUAUGGACAGCCUUAAGCAGACUGAGACUAAAGAUACCUCUGAAGCUUGUCACCGGACUCAAACACCUGCUCCCCCUCUUCCUUCUUCCCCUUUCCCUUGUCUUCUAUCCUCUAAGAGGAGUUUGACCAGCAGUGCUCUGCACAGCCAAAUAGCCAACACGGUGAUGAAGAACUUAACCUCCAGUAAACCAGUUCCAGAGAAGGGGAGAAAGCUUUUGGGGACGAUGAAACUGGGAGAUAUGAAAUCAAUCACCUCUCUGAGAAAAUCUGGAUUAUCAGAGCGAUUGACUCCUGCUAAUAAGAUGGUGGUGUUACCCACAGAGGAGGCUAACCUAUCGGAUAUUGACUACCUGGUGCCAACUCUUGAUGAGAAGGGCAGGCCUAUAGCUGAAUGGAAGAGACAAGUGAUGGUGAGGCAGCUGCAAGCUCGACUGCUGGAUGAUGAAGCCCAGAGAAGGAAGGAGAAUGGGAACAGAUAUGCAAAGAUGGACAGCUGGAGGUACUCUCAAGCACACAAUGCCAUACUGGGUCCAUUUGGAGAGAUGCUAACUGAAGAUGAUCUCAUUUACCUGGAGAAGCAAAUCCAAAGUGUUUCAAUGCAAAAAAACUGCAAGGGCUAUGAGAUGGAGUUGGCUCGCCUAGUAGAGGAACUCCGGAACAUUCUUCCAGCACCUAUUGUCAACAUUACAGUAAAUACUCGGUACAGAAACCCUAACACACAGGUUAAACUGCCCGUGUGGUGUAAUCGGAUAUCUGGCAUAGUCAUGAGCAUGUCCCUUCUUAUGACUAACUUGACUGAUGAGUCUACUACCAAAAUGCCUAACUCUGAUCUUGUGACUGUCUUCUCUCAAAAUCUUGAGAGGCAAAAUUCAGCCAGAGGACGGAGGGCAGAAAUUGAAAAUGAGAUUCAUGAAUUUGGAGUAUCUGUGAGCAGUCUGAAGUCCAACUUUGAAAAUAAACCUCCAGUUUCUGAGGAUUCAGAUAGUACAGAGCUGUGUGUGCAAGAGGAAGAAAUACCUGAGAGUGUCUUAGUAAUGCCCUCAGAGGACGAUGAGCCAGCAGAGGGGGAGCAAAAUGAUUCAAGCAUUGACUGUGAUGAAUUCAACAAUGUUAUGGAGAGCACUAGCCUACGCAAGGAGCGUAUUGUGGUCCUUUUCCUGGGUCACUGGAAGAAGUCUGCUUAUACUGUAACUGUCAAAAAUGCCCAGAGGAAGCUCAGCCUGGACAGUGUUGAUAUGCCAGAUAGGAGCCAGGUUCACCGCAAGGCCAGUUUGGAUAUCUCAUCAAAAAAGAUGAUAGAGCAUGGUUCUUUGGGACAAUUCUUCAAGCAGCGAAGCACCAUCAACAAAAUGAUUGGCAACUGGAGAAGCAUGAUCUCAAUUGUUCCAUCCCGGCAAAUCCGGAGGCUUAAUCGUCAGCAGGCCCUUUACUCACCCGAGCAGUUCCUGCCCCGCAUGAAUGGAGCACCUUUUGAAUAUGACUCUCUGACACUUGAUCUUUUCAUGCUAGGUUACUUCCACAUCCUUGAGCAGGACCUUUCAGCUGAUGAGAGGAAGAUGAGGCACCUGCUAUGCUUUGAGGUGUUUGACCAUUUGGGUCAUUUUAGCUGGGAGACAGUGCGAGAUUUCCACAAAGCUGUCAUCCAAGACAUUGAGGCUGGAAAUAGGGAAUGGAACGAUGGGUUUGAGGAUAUCAAGAUUAAGUUCUUUAGUGAGGUGCCUCCACAGGUGAAAAACCUGGAGAAGAGCCCACAAGCCGAGAUAAGGCCAGUGCCCAAAGUGAUUAUCCAGACUCCAACCCCUGAUGAGAAUGAUACCUUGAUGAGAAGUACAGACUUUACCAGCUUGACCAAUGAUGAAAUCUGCAAGUAUGUUGACAGGAGUUUUGCCUUUUGGAAAGAAAAAGAGGCUGAGAUUUUUGACUUUGAGUAAUACAGACAGGAUGUUUUAUGCAUUUUUUGAAACCAAUUUUAGCUGUAGCCAUUUCCCACCCAUUUAGCUAAAUCUCGUGAUAGCUACUUGCCUGGCUGUACUAUUCUAUAUAUAUGUAUGAAUGACCAGAUACACACAAUUGGCUAUCAGUUUUGUGAUCAACAGGGGCGUGAUGAAGGUCAUCCAUUUAAGCCCAAGAGCCGGGCCAGCUAUGCUCUGUAGCCCUCUCAUUCAUGGAUGGUUUUGAACUCAUUUUCCCAAUAACGUUAGAUAGUUAAUAGAACUUGUCAGCUCACUACACAUUUCUUUUUGAUAUACACAGUAUGUCUGUUGUAUUUACUAGCCAGUAAAGGUUUUUUUCUGUGAACAUCUGAAAUGCCUUGUUGAAAUUUUGUUAUUUGAAUAAAGUGCUUUUUUUUUAACAAUGGUGUGUAAUUCAUCAUAAAAAUUAAUAUUAGUUUGAAUCCUUCUUCAGGUUUGCUGUGGACAUGUGAACAACUUUCAAAUAACUUUGUAAAGAGCAUGUUUUGUGCUGACAAAUUUCACAGUGGAAGAAGGUGCAGAAUUGUAAUAAACAAUUUGAUAAUUCA